UUGUCCACAGACCUGAAGAAAUGCGAAAGAGUGGCCCGUUUUAUCUUGUCAUUAUUGAAAAACCGAAAUCCGAAGUGUGGUACAAGAAACAGAGGAUGAGUGUCAAUAAGAUCGACUCCUUCAUGAAGAAUAUGGCCUUGGAAGCGGAAUUGGAUGUAGAGGGAAGAAAGUUAACAAAUCAUUCGUUAAGAAAAACGCUUGUGAAGAAGCUGAAGGCCUCGAAUCAGCCAAGCAGUGCUAUCAUCGGUGUAACAGGCCACGCAAGCGAGCGUUCACUGGCAGACUACGAGGAAGGUGACGAAGCAGAACAGCGACAGAUCUCAUCCAUCAUCAGCUCUCCUGUCGGCCAACAGGUUCAGAAUAUCCGUCCAGUUCUUUCCAGUUUGCCCAUUCUAUAUAACCGUACAGCGACGCCAGCCUGCCAAACAGUAGUCCACCACUUUCAUGGCUGUCCGGUGUCGAUUAAUUACGGAGCUGGCGUUGGUGUUUUUCAACAAAGCAGCAAUUAAACACUGGGAGAAGCUUGCCCCUACC